UUGAAAAAUAAUGCAAGGAGAACCCCUAAACUGCAGUCAAUUUUGAUAUCAGAUCCUCCAUUUGUUUUUUGAAAAAGAUUGGCACCCCAUUAAUUUUUAAUUGUUUUGUUUUAAAUUAUUCUCCUGAAUUGAAAUAGGGAUUUGUUCAAUGGCUCCGUUAUUAUCAUCUGUUAUUCCAUAUGAUAGAAUUCUUGUUAAUUUGACCAAAUCCCCGAUUUUACUGAGGAAAGUAACCUAAACUUAAAGAAUCAAGAGUUGAAGGGGUGUCAAUUAAAAGAAAACUCAUUGAGGGGUCUUUUUGAACGUGGCCAAUAAUUGAGGGCUUCCUCUACAUUUUCACUCUUUUUUUUGUCCUUAUUCUUGAAUGUUUGAAAUUGGUACUAUUUAGUUAACUUUAGAAGGACUAGUCUUAGAAUAGAUGGAAAUUUCUGUCAAAAAUGUUGGUGUCGAACUUGAUGGUGAUGGGUAGGAGUCAGUUAUGUUGGAAUUUUCUCAUAUCAAAUUCUCAAGUAUUUGUAAACAACUUCACUCAAAUGUCGAUCGGCAGAGAUGUAUGCGAAUGGAUACUGAAGUCCAGUAGAUCUGACCAUGGCUGCUAGAGCUAUCAAAAGAAGGCCUAAUAACAGUGACGCUGACAAAGGAAAAGAAGAGCAAAUGGAGACAUCUAUCUCAGAUGCUCAAAGUGAACCUCUUCUUGGGAAUGAUACUGCCAGAAAACAGUCAAAGAUACAUGAUCCUAAAAGAUGUUCAGAUUUCUGGGAAAGCAAGAGGUGGGAGUGCCUUCACUGGGCGAAUCUUAUAUCACAUUUUUUCGCUCAAUCAGCUAGAAGAAUAGCAAAUUUUGUCAGUAGUUUUGGGACAUUUAUAGGAAAACUUUUCUCUCGCUCUUCCGCAAACCAACAAGCACAGAGUGAUAAGAAAUUUUCGAUAUAUCUUAGUCCGUUACAGGAAGAAAGAUUAAGACACCUAAGGCAGAGAGUGGAGGUCCCAUUUGAUGGCUCUUCUGUUGAUCAUCAGGAUGCCCUGAAACAGCUUUGGAUGUUGGCUUAUCCUAACCGUGAACUCCCUCCUCUUAAGUCAGAACUGUGGAAGGAGAUGGGCUGGCAAGGUUCUGACCCAUCUACAGAUUUUAGGGGUGGCGGGUUUAUAUCAUUGGAGAACCUAAUCUACUUCGCCAAACACUACCCAGACUCUUUCCAUAGACUACUACACAAGGAAGAUGGUGUUAGAUCUGAAUGGGAAUACCCGUUUGCCGCAGGUGGAAUUAAUAUAUCUUAUAUGCUGAUACAAAUGUUAGAUCUUCAGUCAGGAAAGUUAACUUCUAAAGCUGGAGCUCGCUUUGUUGAACUACUUGGAGGUGAUGAUCUGGCGUUCGAUAACCUCUAUUGUGUAGCCUUUCAGAUGCUGGAUAGGCAGUGGCUUGCGAAACGAGCAACUUACAUGGAAUUCAAUGAGGUUCUCAAGUCCACAAGAAUGCAACUGGAGCAAGAACUUUCAUUGGAAGGCAUUUCGUGCGUACGAGACAUGCCGGCGUACAGAAUGUUAAGUUUUACCAGGUCCACCUCGCUUGUUAGUCCACCCUAUUUAGGGACUCUGAAAUAAGGUUUGCAAAAAGCCGUCAGAUUCUUAUCGUAAAUGUUCUCGGCACACUUCAUUGCGAAUUUUGGAGGAGAGGAUUCUUCAGUACAUACUAAUAGAGAACUGUUAACAAUUCUGCUGUCUUAAAAUACUUCAGAUCUAAAAAAGUUGAUUCGGAACUGAAAUUGAUUUUACAUUUCGUUGUGAUUAUAUGACCACCAACUUUAUUGAGUGCAGGAAAUAAAUACUAUUAUUAAUAAGAUUAUUAUUAUUUUA